GGAGGAGAGACGAGGGCAGCGGAGGAGGCGAGGAGCGCCGGGUACCGGGCCGGGGGAGCCGCGGGCUCUCGGGGAAGAGACGGAUGAUGAACAAGCUUUACAUCGGGAACCUGAGCCCCGCCGUCACCGCCGACGACCUCCGGCAGCUCUUCGGGGACAGGAAGCUGCCCCUGGCGGGACAGGUCCUGCUCAAGUCCGGCUACGCCUUCGUGGACUACCCCGACCAGAACUGGGCCAUCCGCGCCAUCGAGACCCUCUCGGGUAAAGUGGAAUUGCAUGGGAAAAUCAUGGAAGUUGAUUACUCAGUCUCUAAAAAGCUCAGGAGCAGGAAAAUUCAGAUCCGAAACAUCCCUCCUCACCUGCAGUGGGAGGUGCUGGAUGGACUUUUGGCUCAGUAUGGGACAGUGGAGAAUGUAGAACAAGUCAACACAGACACAGAAACUGCUGUUGUCAACGUCACAUAUGCAACAAGAGAAGAAGCAAAAAUAGCCAUCGAGAAGCUAAGCGGGCAUCAGUUUGAGAACUACUCCUUCAAGAUUUCCUACAUCCCGGAUGAAGAGGUGAGCUCCCCUUCGCCCCCACAGCGAGCCCAGCGUGGGGACCACUCUUCCCGGGAGCAAGGCCACGCCCCUGGGGGCUCUUCUCAGGCCAGACAGAUUGAUUUCCCGCUGCGGAUCCUGGUCCCCACCCAGUUUGUUGGUGCCAUCAUCGGAAAGGAGGGCUUGACCAUAAAGAACAUCACUAAGCAGACCCAGUCCCGGGUAGACAUCCAUAGAAAGGAGAACUCUGGGGCUGCAGAGAAGCCCGUCACCAUCCAUGCCACCCCAGAGGGGACCUCUGAAGCCUGCCGCAUGAUUCUUGAAAUCAUGCAGAAAGAGGCUGAUGAGACCAAAUUAGCCGAAGAGAUUCCUCUGAAGAUCUUGGCCCACAAUGGCUUAGUUGGAAGACUUAUUGGAAAAGAAGGCAGAAAUUUGAAGAAAAUUGAACAUGAGACAGGGACCAAGAUAACAAUCUCAUCCUUGCAGGAUUUGAGCAUAUACAACCCCGAAAGAACCAUCACUGUGAAGGGCACAGUCGAGGCCUGUGCCAAUGCAGAGGUAGAGAUUAUGAAGAAGCUCCGUGAGGCCUUUGAAAAUGAUAUGCUGGCUGUUAAUCAACAAGCCAAUCUGAUCCCGGGGUUGAACCUCAGCGCACUUGGCAUCUUUUCAACAGGACUGUCCGUGCUGCCUCCACCAACAGGGCCCCGAGGAGCUCCCCCCGCUCCCCCUUACCACCCUUUCGCUACUCACUCCGGAUACUUCUCCAGCUUGUACCCCCCUCACCAGUUUGGGCCGUUCCCGCAUCACCACUCCUACCCUGAGCAGGAGAUUGUGAAUCUCUUCAUCCCGACCCAGGCUGUAGGUGCCAUCAUUGGGAAGAAGGGGGCGCACAUUAAACAGCUGGCUCGAUUCGCUGGGGCCUCCAUCAAGAUUGCCCCGGCGGAAGGCCCAGAUGUCAGCGAAAGAAUGGUCAUCAUCACCGGCCCACCUGAAGCCCAGUUCAAGGCCCAGGGGCGGAUCUUUGGGAAACUGAAGGAAGAAAACUUCUUUAACCCCAAAGAAGAGGUGAAGCUGGAAGCGCACAUCAGAGUGCCCUCUUCUACAGCUGGCCGGGUGAUCGGCAAGGGCGGCAAAACCGUGAACGAACUGCAGAACUUAACCAGUGCAGAAGUCAUCGUGCCUCGUGACCAAACGCCGGAUGAAAAUGAGGAAGUGAUCGUCAGAAUUAUCGGGCACUUCUUUGCUAGCCAGACUGGCACAGCGCAAGAUCAGGGAAAUUGUACAACAGGUGAAGCAGCAGGAGCAGAAUAUCUCAGGGAGUCGCCUCACAGCGCAGCAAGUGAGGCUCCCACAGGCACCAGCAAAACAACGGAUGAAUGUAGCCCUUCCAACACCUGACGAAGAAUGAGACCAAACCCAGCCAGCCAGCUCGGGAGCAAACCAAAGACCAUCCUGAGGAAUGAGAAGAGUCUGCGGAGGCACCGGGGACUCUGCAGAGGCCCUGAGAAUCCCAGGGGCAGGAGGAUGGUGGGAGGUCAGACCGGGUCCCUGCCCGGCCUCCUGCCUCCCCCAGGGCCUCUGCAGGCUUCCCAGCCAUCCACUGCACCAUCCACUCGGAUCUCUCCUUACCUCCUACAACGCUAUCCCUUUUAGUUGAAACUAACAUAGGUGAACGUGUUCAAAGCAAAGCAAAAUUACACACCCUUUUCUUUUUGUGGAAAUUGUCUCUGUACAUGUGUGUACAUAUUAGAAGGGAAAAGAUGUUAAGAUAUGUGGCCUGUGGGUUACACAGGGUGCCUGCAGCGUUAAUAUAUUUUAGAAAUAAUAUAUCAAUAACUCAACUAACUCCAAGUUUUAAUCAAUUAUUAAUUUUUUUUUUCUUUUUAAAGAGAAAGCAGGCUUUUCUAGACUUUAAAGAAUCAAGUCGUUCCUUUGGGAGGUCUAAUGGUUUAGUAAGGAGCUUCGAGACCACCCACACAAAUUCACCCGAGGGGAAUCUCGGAAGGACACUCCAGCAGUUCUGGACACCUGUGUAUGUCAACAGAAGGGAUUACCGUCUCUCUGAAGAGGAAACUCUGUCUCUCUUCAUCCCUGUCUAGCUCACACAACCAUUUCUCUUGCUUCACAGGUUUUAAACUGGUUUUUUGCAUACUGCUAUAUAAUUCUCUGUCUCUCUCUGUUAUCUCUCCCCUACCUUCUCUCCCUCCCCUUCUUUUCCAUCCCCAUUCUUUUAAUUCCCUCAUCCCUCUUUCUCAAUUCCCAGGUAUCUACGCCACCCCCCCCCCCAUGGCAAAGCAGUGCUCUGAGUAUCACAUCACACAAAAGGAACAAAAGCGAAACACACAAACCAGCCUCAACUUACAACUUGGUUACUCAAAAGAACAAGAGUCAAUGUACUUGUCCUAGCAUUUUGGAAGAAGAAAACAGGAACCAUCAAACCAACCAACCAAACAAAGAAAAAUUCCACAAAGAAAGAAUGUAUUUUUGUCUUUUUACAUUUUGGUGUAUAAGCCAUCAAUAUUCAGCGAAAUGAUUUCUUUCUUUAAAAAAAAAAAAAAAAAAAAUGGAGGAAAAUAGCAAUUUACACGAGGUCGUUGGCCCAGGGCGUUAAAUUUACAGAUUUUUUUAAACGAGAAAAACACACAAAAAAAAGCUACCUCAGGUGUUUUUUACCUCAGCACCUUGCUCUUGUGUUUCCCUUAGAGAUUUUGUAAAACUGAUAGUUGGAGCAUUUUUUUAUUUUUUUAAUAAAAAUGAGUUGGAAAAAAAAUAAGAUCUCAACUGCCAGCCUGGAGAAGGUGACAGUCCAAGUGUGCAACAGCUGUUCUGAAUUGUCUUCCGCUAGCCAAGAACCUAUAUGGCCUUCUUUUGGACAAACCUUGAAAAUGUUUAUUAAAAAACAAAAAA